AUGUCAUUCAAAUUAAAUAUUUCUGCUAAUAAAAUUUAUAUUUUCUUUAGCAUAUUAUUACUAAGAUGUGUAGCAGAAAGAAAAAGAGAUACAAAUCAAGAGGUUUCUGGCUCAAAAUGUGGCAGUACUUUGAUAAUAUUAAACUGUGAUUUCGAUGAUCCUCCAUUAUUUUCUAGAAGGUAUCUGAACAAAUUAAAGGCCUUGUAUACGCCUGGAACUCUCUGCCCAGUGGAUAAGUUUCAUUUUCAUUGGGAUAUUAUAUUGGAAAAUGAGACGGAAUGGAAGUUUGAUCAUUACAAAUAUCGAGAUACUUUUCAUAUAGAACCAUAUAUGAUAGGAGGUGGGAUGCAUUCUUUUAUGGUUUUCGUUAAUGAAAUAUACAACGACGGGCAACGCGGCAGUUUGAAUGAGGCUUGUAUAUUUGUUAUAAGCCCCGAAAACCCAAUUCCUAUUAUACAAGGUGGUUCAGAAGUAACUGUAGAGAGCGCUAAGGCGUUUACGAUGGAUGGCAGAGAUUCUAUUGAUAUGGAAAUUCCACCACGUCAGAAGGGCCACCUACAGUACCAAUGGAAUUGUACAAUGAGUGACGGAUCAGCUACUUUGGACCAACUGCCUAAUGCAGGUGUUGCUGUGUUACAAGUUCCUCAACAUUUUGCUGUUGAAAAUUAUAUAUACACCUUUAAACUUUCUGUAAAAAGUAGAGAAUCUGAUUGGGUUAGUACGACGCAGAUAGUUAAAGUAAAAACAAAUGUUGCAAAGCUAAAAAUUACGUGUGUAAAAAACUGUCCUCCAUUAGUUUUGCUGACAAACGUCAAAGAAACGAUCAUAUUUAAAGUAGUUUGCCAAAAUGAUAAAAAAAUAGAAGAUUUACAGCAUUGGUCGAUCAACAAAGCAGGCUUCGAUUACGAAAAAAACACAAAAUACGGCAGAAGCAACGAAAUAUUUUACAUCAAAGAAAACGUACUUGAUGCCGGGGAAAUCUACGAACUUAAAGUCGAACUCCAAGGCGAAUUAACAGGUGGGACGGCUGUAGAAAUCAAAACGCACAAACCCCCUAAGCUUGAAUCGUGCUCUGUUUCUCCACAGAGUGGAGAAGCUUUAAAAACGGAGUUUUCAGUCCAUUGCAAAUAUCCCGAUGGGCCCUAUAUGUUUGAGAUCUUUGGUAUAGUUGGUGAAACAGAAAUAUUGUUGGAGAAAAAUGCCAGAUUGUUGGAUAUCGUUUUCGUUCUACCGACAAAAUCGAAAAUAAAAGUGAAAAUUAUCGACGAAUAUGAAUUUUCUGAUUCUAAAAUUUUGGAUGUAACGGUGAAAGACUUCAUGGAUCCUUCGAAACCCAAAGAGGAACUGAUCAAAGAAAUAGAAUCGACCUUUUUCGAUGAACAUUCUGAAAAAUCUUUCGACGCAAUGAUGAAAGAGAAGAAAUUCGAUAAGGUCGUACAAUUCCUUGGCGUUUUUUCCAGAGAACUCGAAGCGAUUUCUCAAAAUAAAGAACUGGAAGACGUCGUGAACGAUUACAAAAUGAAAAUGUUUGAUAUAUUGGACAAGAUUCCACUAGAUACCAGAGAUCGUACAAUACAAGUAUCUAGCGUUUCUAAAGAAAUAGCAGAGCAAACCAAGUUAAAACAAAACCCGACCAUUGCCCGAAAAGCUUCAACAAUCUGUAAAGAUGCCGCAAAGAGGGAGCUAGAGUUGGUUCAACACGAAAGGUUUAUAGAAAGCUUUUCCGAAGAAAUAUUAGAAGAUACCAGGUUAUUUUCUGAAUGUUCCCAAGUAGGUUUAAAUCCAAAUUUGGAACUAUUAGAUACUCCUGACGUGUUCGAACCCACAACUCAAUUUCCUUUACUAGAAUUUCCAAUAGUUCAGGAAAAUUAUCCAGAUUACCUUGAUGAUGAGAACGUAUCAAAAGCUUUAAGUGAGCUGGAUUCUUACGUCAAAAAUUUAGUAGAUUUGUGUUUUUUGAAUGCGAAAUCUCUGCUAAUUACUUUCUCGCCGUACGAUAAUGGUAAAUACAUUGACAGCGGACAUUUUAACGUUACCUCUACAAAAUCUUUCGGAAAAGACAUUUUAACCGUCGCAAUAGCCUCACACAAAACAGUUUUGCAGCCUUCCAAAGAUUUUCUGCCUUACGAAAACGAUGAGAUUGAUGUAUUGUUCUGUACCAGCACGAAAAAUCCGUACUGGUGGCAAACAAAGCCUGAAGUAUCACCUCCCAUAGCGAUUCUCGAAUUUAAAACGAAACGAAAAAGAGUAAACGAAUUUUCCAAACCAUUUUAUUUAUCAUUUGAUCACCCUGUACCAGAAUUAAUCACCACUCACAGUGGCGUUACACCAAGAAAACCGAAUAUUACUAAUAACGAUAAAAAAUAUUAUAAUUUUGAACAAAUCACGAUGUAUAGAAUUGAUGUGUUCAAAGAAGAAGAUUAUUUCAUAGAAUUUGUUGAUUUGGGUUCAAGUAGUUUAAAUGUGUAUGUCACAAAAUAUUAUAAACCGAGUUUUGUUGAAUUCAAAACCAAAUGUCAAAAGAUAAAUGCAGAUAAUUCAAAGUUCUUCGUCACAAAUAAGAGAAAGUACGAUCUUUGGCACUAUUUAAGUAUCCUACCUUCAGAAGAAAUGGGUGAAGCCGAAGUGUCUUUCAAUUUGAAAAUAUACACGGUGGCGUGCUACAAAUGGAAUUUCCAAGAAAGGAAAUGGGAAUUUUCGUGCGAUAGUACAAAUACGUCUACAAUACUAAAUAUUGAAUGCUUAUGCCAUAAAUCUUCUGUAUUGUCCGGGAGAGUGACGAAUAACGCCGUAAGAGAAGAACACACUGUUUAUGUAAAUCACAAGCUUGAAAUUCAGGCUUGUUAUGUCAUAUUUUUGACAGUUUGGAUAGUGUGGCUUUUGUAUUGUAUAUUUUUGACGUAUCUUUCAAUAGUCGGACGAAAAGAAACAAGCAAAGAAAUAUUUUUUCUGAGCGACAUACCUAGCACGUACAGAUAUGGUUAUUUGAUCAUCAUAAAAACUGGAAACAAAAAAGACGCUAGCACAACCUCCAAUAUCGUUAUAAAAUUGUACGGAAGGAGUUCGGAUAGUAUGGAACACGUUUUGAACUAUCCGGAUCCGGAUAAAAGAUUGCUUCAGAAAAACCAAGAAGAUUGGUUCUUCUUAGCUACCGAACAUUAUUUGGGGGAUAUUGAAAAGAUUGAGCUGUGGUUCGACUCUAUAGGACACAGACCGUCAUGGAAUUGCUCAGAAAUAGAAUUAAUAGAUAUGCAGACGAAAAAUAACUGGACGUUCUCGAUCAAUUUUAAAUUCGAAAUAAAAGAUAUUGAAAAUUACUUUUAUAUAGCAACACCAGUAGACGCUGGAAAAUCUAAAUUGACCAUAAAAAACGUUAUAUCUGCGUUACACGGUUGCCACAUGUGGAAUAUAUGUGAAGAAGACGCAUCUUUAUCAAAAAUUACCAGAUUAACGGCAAUGUUAUCGAUCUUUUUGACCAGUUUUACCAUAAUGCUGUUGCUGUAUGGUGUGCCAGUUUUAAAACCUAGUGACAGUAUUACUGUCUAUCCUUAUUACGGAUUUUACCACGAAAUUAUUUGGAUAACAGUUAUUGGUUUUGCUUUAACGUUCGCCAUUCAUUACCCAAUCGUGUAUUAUUUAAAAAAAGCCAGUAAUAAUCAAAAUACGGUUUUGAAAGAAAAAAAUAAUUUAAAAAUUUUUUGUUGGUUUAUACUAAUAUUUUUGAUAGUUGCAUCAAUGACAGUUACAUUAAUAUUUGGAUUUUGGGUGCCUCAUGUAACGAGCCUACUCUGGCUGACGUCCUCCAUAGUCAGUCAAAUAAUUUACAUUUUCCUUUUAGAAAACAUAAUCGUCAUUUACAAUAAUUUGUCUCUGAAGAGACACACUCGUAUCGAUAGAAUUUUUUCUACGGCAUAUUCCAUGAUAAAAUACGUAGAAACUCAAAGAGAAAAAUUUUACAAUUCUUUUGGAAAAUUCGGUAUGCGACCUUAUUUCAAACACCUCUAUGAACCUUUGGACGAGGAAAAAAUGAAAGAGAUCAAAUACUGGGCGAAAAUGAAAGAUCGACUCUACGAAAUCUUCGAAGACAUUUUAAUGAUCACCGUAUAUAUAAUUAUCUUGUACACGAUCAUUUUACGUGAUAAAGAUCCGAUGGCUACCAAGAGCAACGAGGAAAUCAAAGAUUUGAUACAGGGCGUUCAUUCCAGGACGUUUUCGGAAUAUUUUCACGGCAGGCAACAAAUAGAAAAGUACAUUGAAGCCACCUUAGUACAUUCGCUACAAUCCCCCCAAUGGUAUGGGCAGUUUUUGAGCAAAGACCCCGGAAUGACAAUAGAUAAUUCCAAUAAAUUCAUCGGCAUAGCGAGAAUCAGACAACACAGAUCAGAAAAGGAGAUGUGCCGCGUGAUGCCUGAUAUUGUUUUUGUCCAAACAAAUUGCACGUCUUCCUUUCCUAAUGGUCCUGAAUACGAACAAUUCAGCGAAGAUUGGAGGAACGAUUCAGAUUCUGAUCCAUUCGCUCGUAUGGAUUGUAUUUGGAAGUAUAGAGGGGUCGAUACAGGAACUUUAUCAUAUAUAGGCAAAUUCGCAACAUAUCCAGGUGGCGGAUACGUGUCAACUUUAGGAAGGAAUUUGAAAAACUCGUUGACGAAUGUCAAAUAUCUAGUGCGUCACCGAUGGAUUGACGAGCGCACUAGAAUUAUAUUUAUCGAAUUUUUGACGUACAGCGCCAAUACAAACAUUUUCAAUUCAGUCACCGUGAUAUUCGAGCUGAGCUUGUCAGGUUAUAUAAGAUCUGUAUUCGACGUUUAUACGGCCAGAUUACUGUUGGUAAACGAAAAUUUUACACUACUAUGGAUUAUAUUUGCAUCUUUCAUCAUCAUAGUCGUAUUAAUAAUGAUAAAACUCAUUCGCAAAAUCGUUAAAAAGAAAAAGAUGGCGUUCAAAGAUGCCUGGCAUUUCGUCGACAUUUUCAUCAUCCUGACGUCAUUUUCGUGCAUGUUUUUGUACGUCAAAAGAUCGCAUUUAGUAGGCGAGUUUUUGGAUAGAAUCGAGGUGGCCAAACACAACGAGUUCGUCAAUUAUUUUCAUUUGUUUUACGCAGAGAAUAUCUUGACUGUCAUGGCAGCUGUUUUAGUGUUUCUAGCCACGCUGAGACUCUGGAAGCUGAUGAGAUUCUUAAUCAUCAUUAGGAUCGUAGAAAAAACGUUGUUACUGUCUACGGUACCGUUAUUCUGUCUGUUCAUCUGUCAUUUACAUUUGAUAGUGGUUUUUGCUAUAGCCGGGACCUUGCUAUUUGGUGACGAAUCGUACGAUUUCAGCAAUUUAACGCACAGCUUCAUGAGCCUGGUUUUGGGCUCUAUAGGUUUUUUUGGUUUCGAUUUCGAUACCUUCGAAUCAUCUUUGCAUUAUUUAUAUUUUAUAACGUACACACUUUUGACUAUGCUUGUUAUGACUGUAUACGUAGCUGUUAUAUCGAUGUACUACUGUAAAGCUCAAAAUAUUUACUCGAAUUACCAGGAAUAUAACGUUUUGAAUUUGAUCAAAGAGAAUUUCGAAUAUUACAAGGAACUGUGUAAAGUUAGAUUAAAGAAACAUCGUUUAAAAGGGGGAGAAGACAGGAAUAUAGAGGAGAGAAAAUUGGUGUAUCCCAAAGCUGAUGAAGAUAGAUAUGCCAAAUGUCUGACGGUGGAGAAGCACAAGAUGGCGGCCAUGAAACAAAUAGCUUUGAACGUUUUGAGAAACUUUGAGGUUAGAAAAACGCGUUUAUUGGAAAACGAUGUGAAACUAAUUCUAGAAACCAUCGUUGUUUUGUUUAAAGGUGCCAAAGAUGAAGAAAAUGAGUUUUUCUUCAUGAGUAACGUUCAAGGGCAAAAAACUAAAUUGGUAGAUGAUGUGAUGUUUUUAAAGAUGGAGGACAUUUUGAAUUCUGUGUAUAGAGGAGAGAAAAAAGAUGAUUUGUACCGGAAGGUUGUUGAUGAUAAUAAUAUGCAGCUUGAUAGGAUUCUGCAUGAUCUUAAUGUUGUUAAAAGUGGUUUGAAUUCGAUUGUUUUUGAUGAGUAUUAA